AUUUUUUUGUAAAAUAUAAUGGACAAGUCAAAUUCAUCAAGAAGUCAACAACGGGAGAUAAAAAUUCAAGAACAGGACUGGCCUUUUAAAUUAGUAAAAUCACAUCUUGAAUUAAGGCCUUUAGAAACAGAAAAUGUUUGGAUUGCUCGUUUGAAGCCGCAGUUUGCCUCAAAAACAACUGAAUAUGUCAAAAAAAUAAGAAAUAAACAGAAAGAAGCUCUAUUACAUUGCGCUAGACUUCGAAGAAUACAAAAGGACAAUGAGCCCUUGGAACUAGAAAUUAUAGUAUGUCCUGAAUCUGCAAUGUCUCAAAAUGAGAUAGAAAGAGACCUACAAGAAUUAGGAAUUGAAGCAAAGGUUUAUAUCCUUCCGGUUCCUUCUUACGCUCCAUUAACUGAGGAACAGUACAAGGAAUGGAAUCCCAUAUGGCCCGUUUUUUACAGAAGGCAUACCGAACGGCAGGAUACUUUUACAGAUCGAGAUUUGGAAGUAAUUGAUGGAGUUAUGGACGAGCUAAUUAAAAUGGCUUUUGAGUCGCAAUCCAAGGAACAAAUUGGCUGUGCUGCUGCAGUUUAUGAUCUAAGUACACGUAAAGUUCUUUCAAUUUCUAUAGAUGAAAGAAAUGUAUCAAAGAACCCAGUCGACCAUUGUGCCAUGAAGGCGAUUAACUUGGUAGCAGCAGGUGAACGGGAACGUCGAAGACUUCCGCAUAAAACAUCUGAAGAAAGAUACUUAUGUCGUGGCUUAACGGUUUUAAUGACUCAUGAACCAUGCGUUAUGUGUAGUAUGGCUUUACUGCAUUCUCGCAUACAUCGUUUAGUUUAUUGUCAACAGCAAUCACUAACCGGAGGAAUUGAGUCUUUGUAUGGAAUUCAUUGGAGGGCUGAACUAAACCAUCGGUAUCUAGCGUUCAGUGGAUGGAAAAAAAAAGUCCCAAAAUUGGAAAGGAAUGUACAUGUAUAAUAACUACUAGAGCGAAGCAAGCUAUGGUUUAAAGUAAAAGUAACAUAGACUAACUUAGAUUUAUCAUAAAUAGAAAAAACAGAUAACUGUUAUGAGAUUAAUUGUAAACAACCCGAUUCCCUUGGAUAUAUAUCCUAUUUUUAUUUUGCUUAUGCUUCAUCUCUAGCACUUUCUGAAGCCAGGCUUUGCAUCUUUUCUGCAAAUUCUAGUAUAUUUUCUCCUUGACUGGCAGCGAUUAAAUCGAAUGGAACACGAUUGGUGUAAAAGUUGGCACUUCCAGAAGAAGGCAUGCUACCCUUAGGAAUUAAUCGAAUCUCUGGACCUUCUGCUUCAGAGUCCAUUGCGUAUAACUCUGUCCAGGCAAAGAGCAACCCGUCUGUUCUUGCACAGAAUGGAUUAAUAUCAAUUAGCCAAGCGCGAUUUUUUUGAACGUAAGCGUCAAAAACAACUAAAAAUAUCGUUAGAUGGUCACAGUUAUAAAUAGAAAAUAUACAUACAAUUGGGAUCAGGAAACUCUGAAAGUUUGGAUGCCAAAUCCUGCAAAAGAGGCAGGAAUUCCUUCAUGUCAUCCUCUAAGAAAUCGUAAUAAUUGUCGUCUCUUUGACAUAUAGCAACAAGAUUUUUUCCUUUUAUAAAGCAACGGAACUCCGUUGAAGAAUGAAUGGGAAACCAUUCUUUUAAAAUUAGCUCGUGACUAAAUUCAGAUGGAAACUUUUGAUUCGUAAGAUCUGCUUCUUGAGCAUCUUCUUCUAUACAAUCAUCAAAGGCAUAAUCAAGGUCAUGAGCUAUAAAGUCCGAUGAUUUUAGUAACAAAAGAACGUCUUCAGCUGAGGUGCAUUUCAUGGUACCCGUGGGCAUCAUCCAUAAAGCGUCUUUGGGACUUGACCAAUUUAAUUUGGGCACCACGGCUCCAUCGAGCUCCGAAAUGAUCCUGUCUAUGAGUUGAAUGGUCGGUUUGUCUGGAUAGUAAGAAGAAACAUGUAUGUCUUCUUGUUCUUCCCCGUUCCCAUCCUCUUCAUCUGUUAAAUCUUCAAUUGUAUUAGAAACGUCUUUUAUAUAAAUACCAUCUUCAUUAAGGUAUCUUAGUAUAGACGCAGGAAUUGGCUUUAUGACUCUUGCUUUUGGCGACAAAGUACGAAAUAACGAAUACCAAUUAGAAAAUUG